AUCCCAGCGGUCUCGUCUCUCUAUUCGUAUCUCUCUCUCUCAAUCUUACAGAUACGCAACGGCAGGGCACACACAUCUCCCACCGCCUCCUGCUCCGGCGAAGGGCGCCGCCAUCAGCCACCGCCACCACCGGCAUCUCCCCCCUCUUGCCUCUCGCCUUUCGCUCCUUGUCCCCCUUCUAUCCUUCACCACGCACGGCGAGGUUGCACGUGCAGCGCCGCCUCCGUCUCCACACCGCGCCGCAAUCACCAUCUCCACGCCGUCCACCGCCUCACUGAAAAAGAAACCCCGAAUUCCCCCCUCAAAUUUCAGAAACAUUCCUCCCUCAAUCCGUAAUUUGCUUCUCCUUUUCAAUCUCCCUCUUUCCUUCCUGGCAAGCGCCGCCGCCUCUGCCCUCACUCAGUCGGACGGUCACGGCGAAGGAUCGCUGCCUUCUCUUUCCUUCCCUGCUUCGACCAACCGGAGUCGCUGCAUUCUUCUCUGGCGUACAACAAACAUCGUGCUCUCAAUCCCUGAUGAGAUAGACUGGUAUUUAUACUAAUCAAUUUCUUGGAGUACUUUAAAGUUGAAAGUUUACAUAAAAUGAAAUCAGAUGGUCUGGUAUUUAUGCUACUCAAUUUCUUUGAGCCAAAGUAUGUAUCUGCAUUUAUUUCAUGGGUAAUUUUUUUUAUUUCAAUGGAUAUUGACCAGUAGCACAACACAAUGGAUAAAAGCAAUGAUUAAGCCUCUGAAUUUAUUACCCAGUAGACAACACUGAUGCAAUAUUUACUGAACAAAAGAAUGUGUUCAUUGGCGGGAAAAAAUUUCAGCCCAAAACUCUGCUUUUAUAUAAAUAGAUAUAGAUGUGGGUUUUUACUGAUUUUAGCCAUACUAUGCAGUUUGAAAUUCACAAUCGUGAAACUGCCAGUUAUCAGAAUUGUCGGAAUGUGCUGGGAUAUGCUGUUGUAGUUGUAUUCACAUUUUGUGCAUGAUGGCUUCAAGAGCAAUAUUGCAAAAGAAAAAGUGUCUGCUUGAUUCUGUCAAGCGGCCACAUUAUUUAGUUCCAAGGUUCGUAUGUAGUGACCAUGGAAGAUUGCUAGACAUUCCUAAUUCACAGCGUGGGAGCUGGCCUCUGAUUCUUUCGGAUUCAGAUAACAGUGAGAAAGAACAUUCAUAUUUUCUAACCAGACAAAUGGCUCAACACACUCUGACAAAAAAGUAUGCGGGCCAUUAUUUUGCCAGAGUUCCAAGUUUGCACUGUGAGAUUGGAGUACCUGGGGAACUUAAGCCUUUGGGAUUUAGGUGGACAAUAGAGUAUGUACGUCAUCUUUCAACUGCUCCAGCUGGUAAGCCUGAAUUAGAAGGUGAUGAUAAUAAAAAAGAACCGGUUAAGCAGAAGAAAGAACCUUCACCAGAAGAAUGUGAUCAGGCAGUUGAAGGUUUAAGCUCCGUGAAAGCCAAAGCCAAAGCUAAAGCCAAGCAGUUGCAAGAUUCUUCAAAGGGUGUGAAAUAUAUAGUUAAGAAGAUGCGGGCUUUUCUUUUAGGAAUUGGUCCAGCUUUGAGAGCUAUUGCUUCAAUGAGCCGGGAAGACUGGGCAAAUAAAUUGCGACAUUGGAAGGAUGAGUUUAAAUCUACAUUGCAGCACUACUGGCUGGGCACAAAGCUAUUAUGGGUUGAUGUUAGGAUAAGCUUAAGGCUAUUGUUGAAACUUGCUAGUGGGAGGACUUUGUCCAGGAGGGAGAGGCAACAACUCACACGAACAACAGCAGACAUUUUCAGGCUAGUUCCUUUUGCUGUCUUCAUUCUAGUUCCAUUCAUGGAGUUCUUGCUGCCCGUGUUCCUGAAAUUGUUUCCGAACAUGUUACCAUCAACCUUCCAGGACAAGAUGAAAGAACAGGAGGCCCUGAAAAAGAAACUCAAUGCAAGGAUAGAAUAUGCAAAGUUUCUUCAAGAGACUGUAAAAGAAAUGGCAAAGGAAGUUCAGAGCUCGAGAAGUGGAGAAAUAAAGAAAACGGCUGAGGAUCUUGAUGAUUUUAUGAGCAAGGUGAGGAAAGGAGCUCCUGUUACUAAUGAAGAAAUCUUGGGCUUUGCCAAGUUGUUUAAUGAUGAGCUUACUCUGGAUAACAUCAGCAGACCACGAGUAAUGACUAUGUGCAAAUAUAUGGGAAUUAGUACUUAUGGUACUGAUGCAUAUCUACGGUAUAUGCUCCGAAAGAGGCUUCAGAAGAUAAAGACAGAUGACAAAAUGAUCCAAGCUGAGGGCAUAGAGUCCCUUUCAGAGGAGGAGCUCCGCCAAGCAUGCCGAGAACGUGGAUUGCUUGGACUUCUCUCAGUUGAAGAGAUGAGAAAACAGCUGCAAGAUUGGCUGGACUUAUCUCUCAACCAUUCAGUACCAUCUUCUUUACUAAUUCUAUCUAGAGCAUUUAGUGUCUCUGGUAAAGUGAGGCCAGAAGAAGCUGUUCAAGCCACACUUUCAUCUCUGCCUGAUGAGGUGGUGGACACUGUUGGUAUAACAACUUUGCCAUCUGAAGACUCCGUCUCAGAAAGGAGGAGGAAGUUAGAGUUCCUGGAAAUGCAAGAAGAAUUAAUCAAGGAGGAGGAAGAGAAAGAGGAGGAGGAGCAGGCUAGGUUGAAGGAAUCUGAAAAAAAAGAGCAGAAGGACGUGGCCUUGGAAGAGAUGGUAGAUGCCACUGCUAAAGAAGCAGAAGAACGUGAGAAGGCAAAAAUGUUGGAUAAGGAGGAACAACUUAGUGAGCUCAGUCGUGCAUUGGCUGUCUUAGCAUCUGCAUCGUCUGUGACCAGGGAGCGUGAAGAGUUCUUAAACCUUGUCCAGAAAGAGGUAGAGCUGUACAACCACAUGGUAGAGAAAGAGGGCAAUGAAGGAGAAGCAGCAGCUAAACAGGCAUAUAGAGAAGCUAGAGAGGAAAUUGAUCAUGAUGCUGAGAAGGCAGCUGGCGAUAAAGUAUCUUCAGCACUCAUAAACAGGGUUGAUGCUAUGCUCCAAAAGCUUGAAAAGGAGAUUGAUGAUGUAGAUGCCAAAAUUGGCGAUCGGUGGCGGUUGCUUGAUAGGGAUUAUGAUGGCAAAGUGACUGCAGAGGAGGUUGCAUCUGCUGCUUCGUACCUCAAAGCUACCUUAGAUAAGGAGGGAAUUCAAGAAUUUAUUGGCAAAUUGUCCAAGGAUAGAGAUGGGAAAAUUCUCGUUGAAGAUAUUAUCAAGUUAGCCAAGCAAUCCGAAGAUGCUGAAAACGCUGAAGAUGGAAAAAGCAUUAACCAAAAUCCCUGGUAAUCAGCUAAUAAUCUGUGGUUUCUAUUGGCUUUUGUGAACUGUUACAAUUUUACUGUCAGUUGACAUCCCUAAAAGAGCGACAGUAGGUUAAUGUCGAAACUUUUAAGGCGGUUCUUUUACAUCUUCUCCGUCUAUAUAGAGGAAACUGUUAUGUGCAAGAUUGCGGGAUAAACAUUAGCAACUGAUGUCUCUAUAUAGGUUACACAUUUGAAGCAUGAUUUCUGUCUAUGCGUCAAUCCAUUUUGUAAUUUUUUUGUAUAUGAUAUGUGGUAUUGCUCUGAGAAGUAAGCACAGUUAAUAAUAGAAGGAUGUGUACAGUGUUAGUCCA